AAGGCCCAUGAGCCUCGUCUCCCUCCCUGCGUCAAAGCCCUCGCCCUCGAUUCUCACCGGCGCCGCACGAGUCUUCCGCCACCUUCUCUCGUCGUCGCUGCUCCUCCACUUCUCGCCGAUGUCCUCCCUCCUUCUCAGCCCACCGCGGCUGGUCGAUCACUCCAGUCUUAAGUUCCUCCGAUACCAAUAAACACACUCCAAUCCAUCAGUGCGCGUUGCUCGGUGAGAGUUGAGUGGACAUGUGGCGGCGGCACCAGGCCCUCCUCCGCCGCAUCCCACUGCUGAAGAAGGCGGUUCAUCCUCCAGCAGCAUGGGCGGGUGGUGGGCUUGGCUGCUACUACGGGUCUGGAUCUGCGCCGGAGGGGAGGAAGGGAAAGGCGGUGCCUUUGCAGGUUUCCCAGUGGAUUUGGUAUUUCCGGCUGCGCGCCAAGGGUGGCGACGGCGGCAAUGGCUGUGUCAGCCUCAGGCGCUCCAGGUCCGACCGCCGAGGCAGGCCUGACGGUGGCGAUGCAGGAAAAGGUAGUGAUGUCAUUCUUGAGUGCUCAAGGUCUAUCUGGGAUUUCAGUGGCUUGCAGCAUCACAUGAAAGCAAGUGGAGGAGGCCAUGGAGUUUCUAAGAAUCAGAUAGGAAGAAGAGGUCCUGACAGGAUUGCACAAGUACCAGUAGGCACAGUGAUUCAUCGAGUCCAAGGGGAGCAACCUUCUGUUGCAGCAAAUAAACCAACCAGAGUUCUUGAUCCUUGGGACAUCCCUGAUGAUUCUGCGGAACACUCUGCAUCCAGUUUGAAUCAGAUUGAGAACACAAGGAUGAAAGGUUUGGAUGGUAGCUUAGCCCAUCGGCAUACUGCCCCUAAAGAUAAUACUGAUAGAAAUGAAGCUGAAAAGAGAAGCAACUGUCAGUCAGAGAAGCGACCAUACUUUCAUGCAUGCUCCAAGACUGAGUUCUCAAACAUUGAUUGUGAUGUUAUGGGUCAAAAAGAUCAGACUGAUAACGAGGAUAAAGAAUUUUGGGAGGAUGAAGACGAGUUCAACAUAGAUGAUGACGAGGAGGAGGUAGAGGAAGAGAGGGAGGAACAAGAGGUGCAAUAUUCUGUUGCCGAAAUGACAAAACCUGGGCAACAGUUGAUCAUAGCACAAGGAGGGGAAGGUGGACUGGGGAAUGCUUUUAUCAUCAAGAACAUGUGGCUGUCCAAAGAGAACAGACAAGAGGAGACAACCCGCUUGAGUACCAGACAGCCAGGAACUGAGACCUUCCUUAUCGUGGAACUGAAGAGCAUUGCAGAUGUUGGUCUUGUUGGAUUACCUAAUGCCGGGAAGAGCACAUUGUUGAGCGCUCCCUCGAGGGCUCACCCGGAGAUACCCGACUAUGCAUUCACCAUACUGAGGCCCAAUAUUGGUAGCCUAACCUAUGAGGACUACUUUUCAGUGAAAGUGGCUGAUAUACCCGGUCUGAUCAAAGGAGCCCACGAGAACUGUGGUCUGGGCCGUGCUUUCUUGAGGCACAUAGAGCGCACCAAAGUUCUCGCCUAUGUGCUUGACCUGGCUGCAACAUUGAAUGGCAGGAAGGACGUCCCACCAUGGGAGCAACUGCAGGAUUUAGUCAUGGAGCUGGAGCACUACCAAGAAGGCUUGACAAGGCGGCAAUCAUUGAUUGUCGCGAACAAAAUAGACGAAGAUGGGGCCGGAGAAAUGUAUGAGAAACUAAAGAGGAGAGUGCACUGUGUUCCAAUAUUUCCAAUAUGUGCCAUCUUGCAGGAGGGGGUACCAGAUCUGAGAGUUGGUCUAAGAAACCUUAUGGAUGAUGCCUUGGAUCCGCAGGGCAUUGACUUGAGAAAUAUUGUUGUCAAUUGAGGUUGCAGUUUUUCCUCAAGAUACCAAUGCAGUGGAGAAGUGUUCUACAAAUUCCCACCCCCCCUCCCGCCCCCUCAGCACCGAGGCUUAGAUGCAAUAGACAUUUGUGUCGCAAAUUUUCUGACCUUGUGAUUCUUUUUCAUCUUUUGAUGUGGUACUUAUGACAAUAGGUCAUUUUCAAUGUUUCAGGAAAUCAGUGUAUAAUAAUAUCAAACGGUUACUAGUAUGUAGUAUCCUUUCUUCGUCUUUCAGAAGAGCAGAAAUAUGUAUACUAGCUACAGAUGGUUCUUUCUGGUUGUACAUACUAGCAGUAGUAGUAGCUGAAACAUUAACCUUGUUCAGAAAAUAAAGAUAACUACGU